AUGCCCCGGAAAGCCCUUGAUUCCCGCAUCCCGGCCCUGAUACGGAAUGGAGUGCAGGAGAAAAAGAGAAGUUUUUUUGUGGUGGUGGGUGACCGUGUCAAAGAUGUAAUUGUUCAUCUCCAUUAUAUCAUGACGAGCGUCGAUAUCAAGCAGAACAAGUCCGUACUUUGGGCCUACAAGAAGGAUUUACUAGGCUUCUCGAGCCACCGUAAGAAGCGUGAGGCCAAGAUAAAAAAAGAGGUCAAAAGAGGCAUUCGAGAUCCCAACACGGAAGAUCCGUUCGAACUUUUCGUCACACUGAAUCAAAUUCGUUAUGUCUACUAUAAAGAAACUGAAAAAAUCUUGGGAAAUACAUAUGGGAUGUGUAUAUUGCAAGACUUUGAAGCUUUAACACCGAAUUUACUUGCGCGAACAAUUGAGACUGUUGAAGGCGGAGGCCUAGUUGUUUUACUUUUGAAGGGCAUGAAAAGCUUGAAACAGCUAUACACUCUAUCAAUGGACAUUCAUUCAAGGUAUCGUACAGAAGCGCAUGAUGAUGUGGUUGCCCGGUUCAAUGAGCGUUUCAUAUUAUCUCUUGGGAGCUGCAAUUCAUGUCUCGUGGUAGAUGAUGAACUCAAUGUUCUACCAAUUUCAGGAGGGAAAAACGUGGCACCUCUUCCACCGGGAGAUACAGCAGAUGGUGCGAAUUCAGUUGCCACGAAGGAACUUCGGUCUAUAAAAGAUAAACUUGCAGAUACACAGCCAGUUGGGUCAUUAGUAACUCUGGCUAAAACGGUCGAUCAAGCUAAGGCUCUUCUUACUUUCGUUGAUGCUAUUGCAGAGAAAACUCUACGCAGCACGGUCACGUUAACCGCAGCUCGUGGUCGGGGUAAAUCCGCCGCCCUAGGAGUUGCAAUUGCAGCGGCUGUGGCACACGGUUACAGCAACAUUUUUAUUACCUCCCCAAGUCCAGAGAACUUAAAAACACUUUUUGAUUUCGUCUUCAAAGGGUUUGAUGCCCUAGGAUAUUUGGAUCAUGUUGACUAUACAAUUCUUCAGUCUACCAAUCCUGAUUUUAAUAAAGCUAUUGUUCGAGUUAAUGUACAUCGAGAGCACCGCCAAACGAUACAAUACAUUCAACCACAGGAUGCGUUUGCUCUUGGACAAGCCGAGCUACUCGUCAUUGAUGAAGCUGCUGCAAUCCCAUUGCCAUUGGUUAGAAAGUUAAUGGGCCCAUAUCUUGUAUUCAUGGCAUCAACGAUCAAUGGUUAUGAAGGCACUGGAAGGUCUUUGUCCCUCAAGCUUAUACAACAGCUACGCGAACAAUCCAGAGGGGCCAUAAAAUCUAGCAAAGAAGGUGCGGACAUUGCAGACAGGUCAACUGGAAAAUCAGUAAAACGGUCGGAAGGCGAAUACAUAGGCGGUAGAUUCCUGAGAGAAAUUACAUUGUCCGAGCCCAUUAGGUAUGCUCAGGGGGAUGCCGUUGAAAAGUGGCUGAACAAAGUGCUCUGUCUUGACGCCACAUUACCGAGAUCGAAAAUGAACUCACAGGGCUGUCCGCAUCCGUCGCAGUGCCAGUUGCUCUAUGUAAAUCGAGAUACCCUUUUUUCUUUCCACCCUGUUCCCGAGAAAUUUCUGCAGCAGAUGAUGGCACUCUAUGUUGCCAGUCAUUACAAAAAUUCUCCUAACGAUCUUCAGCUGAUGAGCGAUGCUCCUGCACAUCAAUUGUUCGUUCUUGUUCCUCCUGUUGACGAAGCUACCUCUAAAUUACCCGAGCCCCUAUGCGUUGUGCAAGUUGCACUUGAAGGUCGAAUUAGCAAGCAAAGCGUUCUCAAUGGUCUGAGCCGCGGCCAGAGAGCAGGCGGUGAUCUUAUCCCCUGGCUUGUAAGCCAACAAUUUCAAGAUGAAGAAUUUGCGGGCUUAUCCGGAGCUCGAGUUGUCCGCAUUGCUACUAAUCCCGAUUACCUCAAUAUGGGCUAUGGGUCUAGGGCCUUGGAACUGUUAACUGAUUUUUAUGAAGGAAAGUUCACCAGUUUAUCAGAAGACGACGAAUUUCUUUCUGAAGAAAUGGUCCGAGUAACCGAUGCCGAGUUGGAGAAUGCCAAUUUACUUGACGAUGAUGUGCAGGUUCGAGAUAUCUAUUCCAUGCCACCACUCUUUGGAAAGCUGUCAGAAAGGAAGCCGGACUCCCUCGAUUAUGUAGGUGUGAGUUAUGGCCUCACCGCGCCUCUGCACAAGUUCUGGAAGCGGUCCGAUUUCGCGCCAGUAUAUCUUCGACAAACCCCAAACGACCUCACCGGCGAGCAUACUUGUGUCAUGCUUCGGACUCUCUCUACAGGCUCAAACGACACCUCAUGGCUUAGCGCCUAUGUAAGCGAUUUCCAUAAAAGAUUUCUCUCCCUUCUAUCAUACCAAUUCAGGGACUUCCCGUCUGUGCUCUCACUGAGCAUUGGGGAAUCGGCCAAUGCAAUCGCUAAAGCUGAUGCAUCUAUCAAAACAAAUCCCAUUUCCCAAUCCGAUCUAAACACAUCAUUUUCUCCCUUCGACCUUAAGCGUUUGGACAGUUAUGCAAACAACCUUCUCGACUAUCACGUCAUCCUUGAUAUGGUCCCCGCCAUUGCUGUUUUUUAUUUUUCUGGUCGUUUAAAUAUUAGCCUAUCCGGUGUCCAGCAAUCAAUUCUCCUUGCUAUCGGUCUUCAGCGCAAAUCUUUUGACGAUGUCGAAAAGGAGCUCAAUGUCGCCGCAUCCCAAUUGAUGGCGAUGUUCAUAAAAAUUAUCAGAAAAGUGUCCACACAUUUCCGCUCUUUGAUUGAAGGUGCUGUUGCCGAAACCUUACCUGCUGAGGACAUCGGCGUAGCUCCAAACGAUGCUAUGGGCGUACAUGAUGAUGAAAUUAUCGACACGACAUUCAAACCACUUGAUGUAGGCCUAGAGGAGGAGCUCAAGCAAGGGGGCGAUGAGAUCAAUAAAGAGCUAAGAGAGAAGCAACGCGCUCUUAUUGAUGCAUUGCCUUUAGACCAAUACGAAAUCGACCAUGGCGCCACGGCCUGGGAAGAUGCGGAAAAGCAAAUUCGUACCUCAACUGGGAAGAAUGGAAAUGUUCCUACAGUCAGCAUCAAGACAUCGAAGCAAUCGAAACGUAAAGCCGGCGAGUCAGCUCGCGAUAUCUACGAGAAAGAAAUUGGUAUCAAAGAACGUAAAAAGAUCAAAAAGGGAACGGAAGGACGGAAAAAGUAA